CUGUUAUUUGAGCAAAUUUGCGCCAUGGUAGCUGAAUCAAACGCGAAACAAAACUUUACUAGAGCAUCCGAAGAUGCCGUAAACCAACAAAUUCAAAUCUAUCGUAUGGCUCAACAAACAUACCUGGCGGCAUCUGCAUACUUUGACCAUUGUGAUAUUGCUUUGCCUGGUCUUGUCAAAUACUUUCACGAAAGAGCUGAGUAUGAGGGAAGGUUAGCACAGCAUUUAAUUGACUAUCAAGCAACACGUGGAGGUGUGGUCAUUAUCAAUGCUAUUCCUCAACCUUUAACUGACUGGAAUUCGGCCUUUAGUGCAAUAGAAACAACGUUAGCUUUGGAGAAGGAUGUCAAUAGCUCCUUGUUAAAAUUGGCACAGGUCGCAGCCAACAAUCAAGAUAAACACCUGCUUCAUACACUCAAAAAUGGUCACCUUAAUAUUAAGGUCAAAACUAUCUAUAAUGUCGUCAGAGGAGUUAUACAGUUACAAAGAGUUGGUGGAGAGGGACUCGGCCUAUAUCUUUUAGAUCAAGACCUGUAUGAACACAAACAAUUUCAAUAGAGAACGUGUACUUUAUUCUAGGUUAUUAUAAUCUUGCUAUCUCACAAGUGAAUACAUGUUUGUAAGAAGGGGUUAGAAAGAUAGUUCUACGUACGUGUAAUAUUAACAGAGUGAAAUAAAAGGAAGAACAUUAGAGCUUAUUGAAAAAAAAAAAAGGGUCAUAUAAAGCAGGGC